UUUCAUAAGGCCCAAUAGACAAACUAGCCCAAAAUGAAAAUCCAAAUUGGAUUUCUUCUUCUUUUCGUGGAAUUCUCUGAACAGAACCGGAGUUGGGGAACAAAAUGAACAAGAGAACAAGGGUUUAAGCUCGUUGUACUCCUCUCUCUUUGGUUUGAAACUUUGAGUAACAUCAACACUCUGUUCAAGUGGAAAAAUGACGUCCAUACCUUCGAAAAACCUAUGUAUUCGGAGGCAACAAUGCCCUUGUGGAGAUUGGAAGUGUUAUAUUACAUAUGAGGGUGAUGCUGAGGAGGGUUCUGCAGCACCGGAAUUGGUGAAGGCAGAGAAAGCAUCUUCUGGAGCUAUGAUUACUCCCUAUGUUGGGAUGGUGUUUAAGAGUGAUGAUGAGGCUUUUGAGUAUUAUGGCAAUUUUGCUAGGAAGAAUGGGUUUUCAAUUAGGAAAGAAAGAUCUAGAAUUAGCCCUCAGUUGGGGAUUUACAAGCGUGAUUUCGUUUGUUACCGGUCCGGUUUUGCCCCGGUGAAGAAGAAGCCUAAUGGAGAACACCAUAGAGAUAGGAAAUCAGUGAGGUGUGGAUGUGAUGCAAAGAUGUAUCUGUCCAAGGAGGUUGUAGAAGGUGUUUCCCAGUGGUUUAUUGUGCAGUUCAGCAAUGUGCACAAUCAUGAACUUUUGGAAGAUGAUCAAGUGCGCCUUUUGCCGGCAUAUCGUAAGAUUCAUGAGGCUGAUCAAGAGCGUAUACUCUUGCUUUCCAAGGCCGGGUUUCCGAUACAUCGGAUAGUGAAAAUGCUUGAGCUGGAGAAGGGGAUUCAAGGGGGCCAACUUCCUUUCUUGGAAAGGGAUGUGAGGAACUUUGUUCAAAACCGCAAGAAGGUUGUUCAAGAGAACGAGGCAUUGCUCAAUGAGAAAAGAGAAAAUGAUGUGUUGGAACUUCUUGAGGCGUGCAAAGCCAUGAAAGAAGCAGAUAAUGACUUUGUUUAUGAUUUUACUAUGGAUGCGAAUGAUAAGGUCGAAAAUGUAGCAUGGUCAUAUGGCGACUCGGUUAAUGCAAAUGCUAUGUUUGGUGAUGUGGUUUAUUUUGACACUUCUCAUCGAUCUGUCACUUAUGGAUUGCUUUUUGGAGUGUGGUUUGGUAUUGAUAGCUAUGGCAGAACCAUUUUUUUUGGUUGUGUUUUAUUGCAGGAUGAAACACACCAAUCCUUCUCAUGGGCGUUACAGACUUUUGUCCGGUUAAUGAGAGGAAGAUUUCCACAAACUAUUCUAACUGAUCUAGACCCGGGGCUUAGAGAUGCCAUUAGAAGUGAACUUCCAGGAACUAAACAUGUCAUUCCUCAGUGGAAUUUUCUAUACAAGGUACCCUGUUGGUUUUCUCCUCCUCUGGGUUCUCGGUAUGCAGAAUUUAAAUCUGAGUUCGAUGCCUUAUUUCAUAUUGAGAGUACAGAGGAAUUUGAACUUCAGUGGAGCCAGAUGAUUUCUGUGUUUGGACUUGGUUCAGAUAAACACACUGAUUUGUUGUAUUCUGUUCGAGCAUCCUGGGCACAAGUCUAUGUAAGGGGUUACUUUCUGGCUCGAAUGGAAACCAUAGCUUACUCAAAGUCUAUAGAUGCAUUUCUGAAAGGGAUUUUUGCUACACAUACAUGUUUGCGUAGCUUUUUUGAGCAGGUUGGCAUCACUGCUAGUUUUCAACAUCAAGCACACCAGGAGACUCAAUAUAUUCAUCUCAAAACCUGCAUACCAAUUGAAGAGCAUGCACGGAGUAUUCUCACACCUUUUGCCUUUAAUGCCUUGCAGCAAGAGUUAAUGCUGGCAAUGCAAUAUGCUGCAUCCGAAAUGGCCAACGGAUCAUAUAUUGUCCGGCACUACAAAAGGAUGAAUGGAGAACGGCUCGUGAUAUGGUUGGCUGAAGAUGAUCAGUUACAUUGCUCUUGCAAGGAAUUUGAAUCCUCAGGAAUAUUAUGCAGGCAUGCUCUUCGUGUACUUGUAAUAAAGAAUUACUUUCAGCUUCCUGAUAAAUACCUUUUAGGUAGAUGGAGACGGGAAUGCUCAUUACUUGUUGAUGAUGAUCAUAAUAACCAAGGUAUUGGUGGGGAAUGGUUUCAAGAAUAUCAGUCCCUGGCUGAAACUUUGUUUUCAGAAUCUUCGAUUACAAAGGAGCGGUCUGACUAUGUUCGGAGAGAACUGACAAAAGAAGUUACUAGGAUUCUUAAUGAGGUUAGAAAUCUCCCUGAGGCUGAUGGAGUCUGCAUGAACAUGUCUGUUUCUCCAGCCAGCUAGUUUGGAGUGUUCAGUUGUAUAUAUGUAAACAUAGUCUGUGACUUGCAAGUUUGUAACCAAUGGAGUCAUUAUAGUGCAAUGGAAACAAGUGGCCAAGUAAAGAAUGCAUGCACAGGAAGCGAUGAAAGGAAAAUGUAAAAAAUCACUUUCUGCUAAUUGUAAAAUGGCCUAUUUUACAUGUACAUUCAGAUAUGAUUUGUUGCGUUAGUGCCUACUGCUUUGUUUUCUCCGGGACUAGUAAUCAAGCAACAGAGAAUUUUCUAAUGCCAAAGGAUUUUGCUAACGA